UGAAUCCUCCCUCUCAGCCAUUCUUUUGACGAAAACACCCGAAUAGCUUUUUCGCAAUGCGGGGUCUUUACAUGGGACUGGCCCUUGGAAGUUACCAUGUGAUCGGACUGUGCUGUGUCGCACAGAAUAUUGACAUUGACACGUCUCGGAAGCUUUGUAACUUUCGAUAGUGAAGAAAACGCGGAGCUUGCGUCCGAUAGUGUACCGAAUUCGCAAAACGAGAGCAACCCAUGUCGCAGCUGUAUCCUAGUGACCAUCAUUUCCGUUAAUAAUUACGUCAUUACGUCAUACAAAAAUGAGCCUUAUGAAGUGUCUACUAACCAAAUGCUUGCUUACGAUAACAGUGUUUGAUCUCGGUGAAACUAAUUGGUCACAUGGUACUUCGAUGCCUUCUGAUCGGACCCUUUGCUGUAUUGCGCAAAGUUCUUUGUGGAGAUUUCAAGCACUACAGACGACUUGGAUUUGGGGGAAUUUAGGUGUGACGUCACGUGCCAUGCAUUUUUUGUUCAAGCUAACUUCCUACAUGCACUGUGUGAUGCACGCAAAAUGUGCGAUGCGUUUGGGUUUUUUCAUCAGGAGAAUGACAGGCAAUUUGUGAAUUGUCAGCCAUGUAACAAUAUUAUGGAACAGCAUAAGGAGGACAAAGAUGACGAUGACACAAGGCAAGAAUACGCAAAUACAGGACCAGAUUUUCCUCCCAUUGAAGCCCUGCCCACUUCCUCGACCAAUUGGGAGGGCCCAGACAGACUCAGUGACAGCUCUAAUAACAAGAAUGAAGACAAGCCAGAGCGGACAAAGUACACAUUCCACCAGAAAGCCACGUUUGCUGGUGCAUCGCUGGCUGCGUUGGCAAACAUGAUGGCCUUCGCUAUAAUAUCUGUCUUCUACCCCAUUGAGGCAAAAGCAAGAGGCGUAUCUCAGACUGUAAUUGGCCUUGUGUUUGGUGCUUUUGCCUUCUCAGCUGCAAUCGGAUCGCCAAUCUGGGGCAAAAUUAUACCAACUGUCGGAGCUAAGUUUGUCUUUCUGGCUGGAGCGUUUGUCACCGGUGGCUGUAAUGUCUUAUUUGGGUUUAUUGUCGACAUGCCCACAGAGGCAACCUUUACGGGCUUUAGUGUCGUCAUACGACUUCUUGAGGGAUUGGGAACCUCGGCUACUAUCACGUCAUCGGCCGCCAUCAUGGCUGUUACGUUCCCAGACAACGUUGGAACGGCAGUGAGCUUGAUCGAAAUGAUGGGAGGGCUGUCAUACGCAGUUGGGCCUGCUAUCGGUGGUCUACUUUACAAUGCAGGAGGUUUUAAGCUUCCUUUCUUUACUCUGGGUGGAUUUGUUUUGGUAGCCGACGCCGUCAACUUCUUCCUGAUGCCUCAACAGGGAAGUACCAAUCAAGAGACGGGUUCCUUGAUCCAGGUUUUGCGAAUACCGGCCAUUUGGAUCAUUUUACUCACCAUCGUUGUAAUCUCUGUAUGCAUGGCAUCAUUUGAUCCUAUUCUCUCCAUUCAUUUGAAGGAGCUUGAUUUUACAGUGAUACAGAUCAGCUUGGUAUUUUUGAGCUUUGGUCUCGUGUACGCGCUGUCCUCCGUAUUUUGGGGAGCUGUCGCAGACGCAAAGAAAGCCACGAGAAUCAUGAUCGUCAUGGGGUUGUGGGGAACCACAGUCUUCUUUUUGUUAGUGGGGCCAUCACCUCUGCUGAAAAUCCCCCCGACGAAGCUGAUACCAAUAAUUGAGAUUCCUUUUGGAUCCGCCGUGAUCGCUCUGGUCGCCAUGCCAACGUUGGUUGACAUGUUUACCUCUGCUGAGUGGUACGGCAUCCCAAACAAUCUCGGGUUAACGUCCAUAAUAUCUGGCAUCUGGAAUAGUGGAUUUGCCUUUGGAACCAUGGCAGGUCCGAUAAUAGCGGGCGCUCUGACAGAGCAAUUUGGAUUUCCAAUCACUACGACGAUUCUUGCUGGCUGUUGUCUUGUGGUCAUGUUGGUCGUCUGUCUCUUUGGCGUCUGGGAGUAUCAGUGUGGAAAAGGGAGACGAAUACAUAGAUCACGGCUUGAGCUGGAGUCUGACUCAACCGAACACGAAAGGUCAUCACUUAUACCAAACAAUUUAUAAUACAAAAGUGUUGAUUUAAUGUCCAUCUGUGAGCUAAAGUACAAUAUCAACAACUACCUCAUUUAAAAUAGAAAAAAAGCCACUUAACAUAAUUAAACAAGUUCUGUUGAUUUUAGGAGACAAAUAAACCAGUAGGGCUAUAGGAUGGAGAGAUCUCGCGAGAAGCAGAGCUUGUUGAAUUCAAUCCCCUAAAUGAAUCUCAACAAAUAUUAAGCAAAUACAUUGCAAAGAAUAUACACAAACAUAACUCUGAAAGAAGUCACAGAGGUAAUGAAGAAAAACAAGAAACGGCGUAUUACCAAGACUACACAAACAGAGGAUAAAAAGUAACAUGGUAAACUAGAGUUGACAAGAAGGGAUUAGUGUUCUGUAUCGAAGUACUGAAUUUCUCAUUGACGGUUUUAAAUCACGAGAAAUUGCAACGAAACAAUGGCACGUACAUUGAUAAUGCUGAGAAUAAACUGAGUUUAGUUUUGAAUGUACACAUAGAUACUAGACAAACUGCAGUGCUUGGGUCCCUCAACGUUGAACCUUUUUGUCAUGAAGAGAAGGAACUCACCAAUAUAAUUUCUGCAUACGUAAUUUACCUCGCUGAAUGUUAUUAUGUGUUUACAUUUGGAGAGAAUUGUCGACAUAGUCUGUUACAUGGUACAGUUAAUGAAACAUGUUGUGUCUGUUUACUGAAAACAGCUCAGGUAUCAUAUUGUUGUCUGCUUAUAGCUUUUACUGUUUCCUGCAGGCUAAUUUAUUGUAAAUAGGUAAAAUUUAAAUUUGCGUGUUAUUGUUCACGAUGCUGGCCACCAGUUUACAUGAUUUCUCCUUCUGUGGACUGAAAUUAGAAACCGAAUGAAAGUGGGGAAAAAUGAUUGUACAUCAUCCCGAUUCACACUGAAAUACAGAAUAUGACAUGGUUUUUUUAGUUCUAGCUUACUGUUAAAAAUAUUUUUGCCUGUGGUUGUUGCUAUCAUGAACAGUAACUGAGCUUUGAUCGCUGCAAUUUACUGCUGAUCUAAGCAAUGUGCUUUGAUAACGAGUUGUUAUUUUUCACUUAAGACUUACUUUUUAGUGCAUAUUUCGUAAAUAGGCCGAUAUUUGUAUAUAUUGGUACCUAGAGAUACUUUAACAGCUGUGGUUACGGGUGUAUUAGUAGUAGUCCCUUUGUGUUGCUG